ACAAUUGGCUGAUUGAACCUAAUCAGUCGAGCGAUUGAGGAUUAUAUCACGCGGUACAAACGCUUCAUGUCAUUACACUUACCGGAGACACAGCUGGUAAACAUCCUUUGCAAAUACACUGGCGCAGGAACCCAACUCAUUACUCAAUGGUUCAAGACACACUACAGCGGUAAGCUGUUUGUGACAUACAAAUGGCCAAGAAAUUCGGGACAGACAUGAUUCCAUUCAUAAGCUCGCUUCAACUUAUCCGCCGCAACAGAAGCCCGCAAGUGACAAGAGGAAGACCUUAUGCUUGAAAUUAUUGAAAGGCAAAGAAUAUGGGAGUGGGUUUUGGCCGAUCAAAUCGGAGGAUGGAGCCACGGAGAUAAUUCAGCAACAAAACUGGGUUCCAGGUAUCCUCCUUCACUCUAUCAAGGAAUGAAUUGGGUACAUAUUUACGCCAAGGCAAAUCCCGAGUUAUUUCCAAACUAUUUUCAACACCACAACUUGAGUGUAUGCCCACAACUCCAGCCUGAUGUACGCGACAACAUCACAGCAUACAUAUUCCCUGAUUUUGCGGCACAAACGAAAACCGAACCAGCCAGAGCAGUUGGUCACCGCGAACACACUGGCAAUCCGUCAACUCAGUCUCUACACCGGAUUCAUCUGAAUUCUAUUCACCUCAGAAGCGAUAGGCAGGCGACACUCCUCACAGACGGACUUACAAAUUAUGUAUGGUCAACAAUGACAAACUAUAAGAGAUCAUUAUGGGAGGAAAACAAAGAACAAACUCACUCUGAAUACCUCCCAUCAAGUGAUAUUUAUAACCAAGGACAAUGGAACCGAAUUACCAUCAACAAAGCUAAAAGAAGAACUCAACGUGGUUGUAGAGGAUAUACCAGCACACACUUCUCAUUUAAGCGAGCGAGCCGAACGAAUGAAUGGAGUAAUCACACAGAUAGUAUUAUCUAUGUUGGUUAGUGCUGCAAAGAAAGACGUCAUCCGUGAGCUAUUGCAAUUACUAGCGAUCAAACAUGCAGUGUUGAUGCACAAUACCACCCCAGACGCACAAGGGUUAUACCCCUAAACAAUUGAUCCAAGGACGCCAACCUGGUUUCUCCGUAAACACACUAAUCUCUGGAUGCGACGUGCUCAUUAAAUUGCCAAAUGAGAAGGAAGUCAAGGAACGUAAGCUCCAGGAUCAAAGAAUUAAGGGCACUUAUGUCGGGUCACAUAUCCCCAACAGCAAGGUGCAUAGUAUAUGGGUUAAUUACAAAACACCGGCUAAAAAGAUGAAGGUUCAUCAUCGACAACGUGUUCUUUACGAAAACG